CCUGAGUGACGCAGGAUCGCGAGUGCUAGGCUCUCCUAGGCACACUCGGCCUGGACAGGGACUGCUCUGGCAGAAUGACGAGUGAAGAAGACUCCGAGAACGUCCUCACCGACUCUCAGGCAGGGGAGGAGAGCGAGCUUCCUGUUAUCCAGCUGUGUGGGCUGGUGGAGGAGCUCAGCUAUGGAAACUCUGCUCUCAAAACUGAGACAGAGAUGUUUGAGAAAUAUUACACUAAAUUGGAGCCCAGAGAUCAACACCCUCCACGAUUAUCAGAUAUUAAAUUAUCGGCAGCAGAAUUUGCACAGUUACGAGGCAGGCGAAGAUCCAGGACCCGCACUGGUAUGGACCGCGUGGUAGGCCUCAGUGUUGACCAGAAACUUGAGCUUGUACAGAAGGAACUGGAAGACACAAAGGAAGAGAUAAGUCACAUGAGGGCAAAUGCAGAACGGGACCUUCAACACCAUGAGGCUAUCAUUGAGGAAGCUGAAAUUCGAGAGACUGAAGUUCAGAAAGCAGUACAUGACUUUGAAAAAGAUAUCCUGAAAACCAUAUCCAAGAAGAAGGGGAGUAUUCUGGCCACUCAGAAAGUGAUGAAAUAUAUCGAUGACAUGAACCGUCGGAGGGAUAAUAUGAAGGAUAAAUUACGUUUGAAAAAUGUUUCUCUCAAAGUUCAAAGGAAAAAAAUGCUUUUGCAAUUAAGGCAGAAGGAAGAGGUGGGCGAGGCCCUCCACAAUGUUGAUUUUCAGCAACUGAAGAUCGAGAAUGCUCAGUUUUUAGAGACAAUUGAAGCAAGGAAUCAAGAACUGAUCCAGUUGAAGAUGGCAUCUGGAAACACCCUGCAGAUCCUCAACACGUACAAGAGUAAACUUCAAAGAGCAAUGGAAACAUACAUCAAUCUGGACAAAGAGAUCUUGCUGAGAAGUGAGCUACUUGACAAAAUUCAAAAGGAAACCCUACAAGCGGAGGAGGAUCGGGCCAAAGCUGAGGCUAUGAACAAGAGAUUGCGGAGGCAGCUGACAGAGUUCCGGGCGCCCCGGGUGAUGGUGUAUGUCCGGGAGAAGAUUCUCAAUGGGGACCUGGAGAAGAGCAUCAAGAUGUGGGAGAGGAAAGUAGAAAUUGCAGAGAUGUCCUUAAAAGGCUACCGCAAAUCUUGGAAUAAAAUGAAAGCAACGAAUGAGUAGUCACAGUUUGGCCUCUGGGAAGUAGCCAGAGGCAGGCCCUGGCUGGCAGACUAAGAAGUAAUCCAUUAAAGUCAUAAGCUCUUUUUA